AUGUACAUUAAAUCUAAGCUUGCGUGUCUCGUGGAGAAUAGGAGGCUGCUGUUGCUGGUGGCACUUUUAUUUGCUCUAGUUGUUUCAGUCCAGUAUUUUGAGCUUCCAUACGGCAAUGCUUUCUUUUCCUUAUUUUAUGCUGGCAAGGCUCAGUUUGCUUCAGUUGGCAACUUAUUGGCUGGAAAUUCAUCAGGAACCAUUUCCAGUGCGAAGCCUUCAGUUGACUGGAACUCAACCUCUUCUGGUGGCUUAAAUUCCACUGAUCAUACCAACGAAACCAACGCAACCAAAGUUUCUGAUGUAAAUGAUACAACAAGAAAGCAUUCGGUUGAUUCCAGUAGUGGCCCUGAAGAUGAAAUUCCAUCCACAGAUUUCAUGGAACUAAACAAAACAUCCAUGCCAGAAGUGGAAGGGACUACUAAUCUGGUACCAGGGAAGGCUUCUGAUGAAUCUGAGAUAAAACCAGAUCCGAAUAUUAGUGUUGACAGGGAGAAUGAAAAUGCAGAUCAUCCAAGUCCAACCCCUUCAUUUACAGUUCGAUCAUCAGAUUCACACCCUCCUUUUAGGGCCCCAGUUAGCAAGGGUACCGAUUCAGGAGCUCCCAUGGGCUCAGUGGGUCAUAAUGCAUCAUCCAGUUAUAAGGAUGAGAACAAUACCAUUCAUAAAACAGAUAGUCCUGGAUUGUUAAAGACAAAUCCUGCACCUUUGCUCAACUAUUCCUCUGUGAACAGCAGCCACAAUGCGAAAAGAAAAUCGAAAAACUUAAAGGAUGUGGUAGUGUCACUUCCCCAAAUGAAUGAGAUGUUCAUUUCAAGUCUCACUUCCUAUCGUGCAAAGAAGCCACGAUGGGUGUCAAAAUCUGAUAAAGAAUUGAUUCAUGCAAAAUCUCUUAUUUGGAGCUCACAUUCUGUUCGUGAUGACCCCAGCCUGCAUGCUCCUCUGUUCCGAAACCUUUCAAAGUUCAAAAGGAGCUAUGAACUAAUGGAGCAGACCCUGAAGGUUUACAUUUAUAAGGAAGGCAAGCGACCUAUAUUUCAUACUCCAGUUCUUAAAGGAAUAUAUGCUUCUGAGGGAUGGUUCAUGAAGCUGCUUAAAGGAAACAAAAAGUUUGUCACUAAGAAUCCAGAAAAGGCUCACUUAUUUUAUCUUCCUUUUAGUUCUCGGAUGUUGGAGGAAACAUUGUACUCGCCAGAUUUGCACAGUCGCAGCAACUUGGUCCAGCAUCUAAGUGACUACCUCAGUUUACUCUCAAGUAGAUAUUCAUUCUGGAAUAGGACCGGAGGAGCUGAUCAUUUCCUUGUAGCCUGCCAUGACUGGGCUCCUGCAGAGACGGAACAAAUCAUGGCCAAUUGCAUUAGAGCUUUAUGUAACUCUGAUAUCACCAAAGAAGGCUUCCAGUUUGGCAAAGAUGUGGCUCUAGCCGAAACAAGUGUCCGGUCUGCUCAGAAUCCCCUUAAACAACUUGGGGGCCACCCACCUUCCCAGCGAAGCAUCCUUGCGUUCUUUGCUGGUAGGAUGCAUGGAGAUGUCCGCCCUAUUCUGCUGCAACAUUGGCAGGGUAAAGACCCGGACAUGAAAAUAUUUGGUAAGAUGGAAAGGGUAAAGGGGCAAAUGAAUUAUGUCGACCACAUGAAAAGCAGCAAGUAUUGUAUAUGUGCUAAAGGUUACGAAGUAAACAGUCCCCGAGUAAUAGAGGCCAUCUUUUAUGACUGUGUUCCUGUGAUUAUAUCAGACAAUUUUGUGCCUCCUUUCUUUGAAACAUUUAAGUGGGAAUCCUUUGCCGUUUUUGUUCCUGAAAAGGAUAUCCCAAAUUUGAAAAACAUACUCGUGUCAAUUCCUGAGAAGAAGUACUUAGAGUUGCAGAGGAAUGUAAAGCUGGCACAACAACAUUUCCUUUGGCACUUCAAGCCGGUAAAGUACGACAUUUUCCAUAUGAUACUCCAUUCAAUAUGGUAUACCAGAGUCUUCCAGAGUUUAAAGAGGGAAUCUUUGAUACUUAAGAUUUAUCACUUAUCAGUUGCUAGAAUGUCUUCUUGUAAAAGUGCUUACCCUACCAAAAUGUUUACUGAUCCAGAAGUACAGGAACAACCCACCAGUAGGAGUAGUGAUCCAGUAUUGGAAUUCCAUAAGAAAGGAUUCAUAACCUUGGAGAAAGCAAGAAAUAUUGGAAAGCUGAAGAAGCUUGGGCUGAUGAAUUCUUUCACCAUGGAUAAGGAUUUUGGAGCUGCAGAGGAACUGUUCAGCGUCUCAUUGAUCUCUCUUCCUUUUACUGUUGCAGAAAUACAAUACAUCAAUCAGCUUGCAAGUCUUGCAGGGAAUAAGAGGCUUCUGAUACUGUUGGUACUCUUCAUUUCAUCAAGCACAUUCUCCAGGGAGAAGUACUCUGCGGGUGACAAAAAUCUCACCACUUAUAAUAAUAAUGGCUUAAACUCUUCUGCAGACCACAUUCAUGGAACUUCUGAUGCAACCAAGUUCCCUGAUGAUAAAGAUGCAACGGGGAAACAUCCAUCCGGCCACGAUGCAUCUUCCGUUAUGUCCAAAGACGAGGUCCAGGAAACUGAAAAAAAUGAUGGAGUUUUAAAGAGAAUGAUGGACCAUUCUUCUUCCUCAAACAAAAGUGGUAAUGUGAGCAAUGUAAUCCGAAGUUCUGAAACUUUGGUGGUGUCGCUUUCGCAAAUGAAUGAGAUGUUUGUUUCAAACCUAACUUCCUAUCGCGCAAAGAAACCACAAUGGGCUUCAAAAUCUGAUCAAGAAAUGUUGGUGGCAAAAUCUCUUAUUUGGAGCUCCCCCGAUGUUGAAAAUGAUCCUAGCCUACAUGCUCCUCUGUUUAGAAAUUUCUCCAUGUUCAAAAGGAGCUAUGAAUUAAUGGAGCAGACUCUCAAGGUUUACAUCUACACAGAAGGAGAAACCCCUAUAUUUCACACUCCAGUUCUUAGAGGAAUAUAUGCUUCUGAGGGAUGGUUCAUGAAGCUGCUCAAAGAAAACAAAAAGUUUGUUACCAGAAAUCCGAAAGACGCUCACUUGUUUUAUCUGCCUUUUAGCUCUUGGAUGCUGAAGAAGACAUUGUAUGUGCAAAAUUCUUCAAACAGUCAGCGGGAUAUGGUUCAAUAUUUGAAUAACUACAUCAGCCUAAUCUCAAGUAGAUAUGAAUUCUGGAAUAGGACCGGAGGAGCUGACCAUUUCUUUGUUGCCUGCCAAGACUCGGCCCCUGCAGAGACAAAAAGAAUCAUGGCCAAUUGUAUUAGAGGUUUAUGUAACUCCGACAUUGUGAAAGAAGGCUUCCAAUUUGGGAAAGAUGUGCCUCUUGUAGAAACAUUUGUCCGUUUAGCUCAGGAUCCACUUAAAGGACUUGGGGGUAAACCUGCUUCCAAGCGAAAAUUCCUAGCUUUCUUUGGCGGGAACAAUCAUGGAUACCUUCGCCCGAUUCUGCUGCAACAUUGGCAGGAUAAAGAUCCGGACAUGAAAAUAUUCGGCCGGAUGACAGAGCUGGAGCUGCAGGGUCACACGGGUUACAUCGAGUACAUGAAGAACACCAGGUACUGCAUCUGUGCAAAAGGUUACGAGGUCAACAGCCCCCGAGUUGCUGAGGCCAUCUUUUAUGAGUGUGUUCCUGUCAUCAUAUCAGACAAUUUCAUUCCACCUUUCUUCGAAACGUUUAACUGGGAAUCCUUCUCGGUUUUUGUUGCCGAGAAGGACAUUCCGGAUUUGAAAAACAUACUUGUGUCCAUUCCAGAGGACAAGUACUUGGAGCUGCAAAGGAAUGUAAAGAUGGUACAACAUCAUUUCCUAUGGCACUUCAAGCCGGUAAAGUACGACAUUUUCCAUAUGAUACUUCAUUCCAUUUGGUUUACCAGGGUUUUCCAGAUUGGCUCCACCUGA